AUGGCUUCUUGGAGGAUCUUGACUGCAGGAAGGCAGCUGUCAUUGGCUCAUCUGCCAUGCCAUUGUCCAAUAUUCAUCGAAUAUUUGGCGGUCUUCACAGUUGGCCAGCGAGGCGCCUGCACAUCGACUCCCCAGAUUUUUCAAGUGCCGGGAGGGCCAGUGGCUCGCCGUCCACAGCGGCCGUCUUGGACACGAAAAUGGCGGCCGUACGGAUCUUGGAGGGGACACAAAGCGCUGGCUUUCUUCUUUCGUGUAGCAGAGCAAAUUGCUGGGCGCCAACUGCAUCUACCUCUUGGAGCGCCGUGCGUGCGGUUGGGAAACGCUGCGAGAAAGUUGAUGCGGCUUCUGUCCCAGAAAGCCAAUGGCAUCCAUGUCAAUUUGUGCCUCUGGCCAAUCAGCGCCCUCGCUUCGUGGCGAUCGGGCAGCUUGUGUCUCGGGAUGAAGCGCAAGCGAGCGAGCAUGAGUACUCCUCCUUGUAAGUCAGUUCAUCCCCCACUUAUUCUUCACUUCUCCUUGAAGGCGCUUCUCGGGCUCUCGACUCCGACAGAGAUGCCUUCCAUCAACCGCCGGCCGGCACAGGAGGAGCCGCCGCCGCGUACCGACAGCCGCUCGGAGAAUGUGUACAGAUUGAGGUCAGCCACUUCGUUUGGUCAACCAAAAUCCAGCACGGCUGUUCCGAAGAAGACGAAUUACAUCCACAACGUCACAUUCGACGGAGAUUUCAACAAAAAAGAAAUACCCCGUCGGCCCAAGACCGUGACCGGAGACCAGCAGUUCAAGGCAGCUAAUUAA